AGCAGUUUUUAAUUAUUACUUUGAGGUACAUGUCUAAAGGGCAAGUUUUAUGUUAAAUGUUAGUCAGGCAAAAAUGAAAAAUGUGUAAAAAUAUCAGAUUAGAUACGUUAUUGUGUCAAAUCAGCUGUUAGUUGGCUAGCAUUUGUUUUCAGGUGGGAGGAUCCACGUGCGUCGCUAUCGCGUAUCUUUGUCUAAUCAGUGUGGAGUUUGAGACAGCGCUAGGUGGGAAGGUCUUAGCGCACUGCGCAAAGCAACAUGUGGUAUUUUUUUCUGUCAUAUUGAUCUGUCAAGUGCUGCGGGUUUUUUAAUUGUUGUCGACACCACGACACCGUCAACUAGUCGGUAUUUUGGCUAAUUUAUAGUAAAGUCUUCAGGUGUCUUAGUGUGACACUCAUCGUGGAGGUGCAAAAUCGCAAUUGCGCGUUGUGUGUGUCCUUAUAGCGCAGAAUUAGGAGCGUGUGGUCGUAGCUCCGCUCUCCCGAUAUUGACUUUUCACGAGGAUCCCGUGGGUCGGUGAGAACCGCGACUGCAGGAUAACGUGGACACGCUCGACACGCUUAUCUUGCUGGAGUUCCAGGCACAAAGCGCAUUGCCAAAGGUCCGUACCUCGCGGAGCGGUUCGUGCAAGAGUCCGUCGAUAGUCGAUACUUUUGCUGCAGAAUGGUGUGAUCCUCUCUGCAGACGGCGCGAUCUCACUAGGACACUGCAUCCAUUCCCCGGAGCCAUGAAACGCGACAAGGAUCCAGACCGACGAGACGUCAUGAAGAAGUUCACGUUCAAAGGCGUUCUGGAGAACUUCCGCACUUCUGUGGCGCAGCAAGUCAAGCCCGACCAGGAAAUCCAAGAGACUCUGCGGCCAGAAAACUUCCAAGUCAAGAGGACGUUUCGCCAUGGCUUCCCUUUCCAACCAACGGCGAUGGCUUACGACCCUGUGCAGCGAUUACUAGCUAUCGGUUCAAAAUGUGGCUCCCUCAGGAUACUCGGCCAACCAGGCGUCGACAUUCACGUCCGACACGACAUCGAUGGUUCUCCAGGGUCUUCAGCCGUCCUUCAUUUACAGUUUCUUGUUAAUGAAGGAGCUUUAGUUUCCGCAACAGCAGACGAUUCUCUACACCUCUGGAAUUUCAGGCAGAAAGUUCCGCAGAUUGUUCAGAGCCUCAAGUUUCAAAAGGAAAAGAUUACCUGCAUGCAUCUGCCAUUACAAUCUAAAUGGCUUUACGUGGGAACUGAACGCGGUAAUGUCCAUGUGGUCCACAUAGAAAGCUUCGUUUUGUCGGGAUACAUCAUUAACUGGAACAAAGCGAUAGAAGUUUCUCGAAAGACUCAUCCCGGCGCUCUAGUCCAUUUAAGUGAUAACCCUUUAGAUGCUAGUAAGUUAUUGGUAGGUUAUGAAAGCGGUCAGAUUGUUCUUUGGGACUUGAGGAAUAAAGCGGCUGAAAUGAGAUGGCAAACUUCCGAAUUAAAAAGUGUAGCGUGGCACCAUGAAGGCAAACAGUUCAUGUGUUCGCAUGCCGAUGGAACAUUAACAACGUGGAGUAUUAAAGAUAGAACGAAAUAUCUUUGUAUAUCGCAGCCUCAUGCGAAAGUUAACAAAGAUGGCAAGGCGGAACAAUGUAAACCCAUAAAUAAGGUUGAAUGGAAGUCAUCAAGGACGGGAGAAGCAUAUGUGAUAUUUUCGGGUGGAAUGCCCUACGACCAAGCCGGCAGGACACCUAGCAUAACUGUUGUACAUAAUAAAACUACUACUGUAUUAGAAAUGGAGAGUAAUGUUAUUGAUUUUAUUACUUUGUGCGAAUCUUUCUAUAGUAAUGAACUGCAGGAACCUUACGCAAUAAUAGCUUUACUACAGAACGACUUAGUGGUGAUGGAUUUACAGACGGCUGGAUUUCCUUGUUUAGAGAAUCCGUAUCCCAUGGAUAUUCAUGAAUCUCCCGUGACGUGUUGCAGUUACUUAGCGGAUUGUCCUGCCGAUUUAAUCCCGGCGUUUUACUCAGUAGGCAGGGCGAGCGGUAGUAAAAGACAAGGUUUCUCCGAGAUGGACUGGCCGAUUAGCGGCGGUUCGUGGUCGGCGCAGUCUUGCAGCUACAGCGAAAUUAUCCUCACAGGGCACGCCGACGGCAGCAUAAAGUUUUGGGAUGCCAGCGCCGGCACGCUUCAGGUCUUGUACAAGUUGAAAACGGCGAAAAUUUUCGAGAAACAAAGAGCGAGAUCGUUGGAUAAAGAGGAGGAUCCUUUUGCUAUUGAAAUUAUUUCGUUGUGUCCCGAAUCGAGGAAGCUUUGUGUCGCUGGGGCGUCUAGUCACGUGAUUUUGUUCACGUAUAAGAAGUCGGAGAGUAACGACGAAGUUACUGUAUUGGAGAUUCCUAUAGUUUACGAAGUUCCUGAGGAAGGGGAGAUUUCGCCGGAUUGCCAAUUUUCCGGACCCGGAUCGGCGGGAUCGGAUAUGUUGGAUUUCGACAAUAAAAAAGAUACACCGACGCUUAAGGUUCGUGCUGGUAUCCAAAAGAAACUUCCCGGUUUUCAAGCACAAUUAGUUUGUUUAACUCCUUGGAACAAUGGAGAACCUCCGAGCCAUAUUACUGCUCUUACUAUAAAUAGUUCAUACGGACUGAUGGCUUAUGGUAACGAAGCGGGAAUUGUGAUAAUAGAUAUAGAACAGAAAGUUUGCCUUUUAAACGUCGGCAGUCCCGACCUGUACGGCGCCCAAGAUCCAUAUUCCAGAGUCCCCAGGAGUCCGAAAAGAGGAGGAAUCGCCAGCGAUAUCCUACCGGUAAACAUGGACGAAAGACAACCUCGUAGCCCUAGCAUAGACCAGAUGGGAAGAUCCCCGGAAAGUCCCUAUUCCUUGUGCCCCUGCCCCACCCCUGUCGAACACGCUUCCGAAGCCGUGGAGGAGGAAAAAGCCGUCCCCAUCCCUCAAGCCGCCACGCGCCGAAAAUCCUCCACAUGGAAAGGUUUUAAUCUUAAGAGACAACUAUCAAAAGUCGAUAUUAAGAUCAAGAAUCCGUUGAAAGAGAAAAGGAAUUCGAUUUUUUAUUCAGACGUUUCGCCCGAACCAGACAAUCUAGACGAUAUCAAAUCGUCGCCGGAGUCCGAUGAAAAUACAGUCAUUGACAAUCAAAGCGUUAUCGAUUUGACGUUGUUAAAUCUUAGUAAAGAGGACCAAAAAGAAGUAUACGAGGAAUUUCCAGCUGAAAUACAGUUUUCGCCGGGGGAGGACAGUGAUACACCUUUUCUGGUGGGUUCGGUUGGGACUCAGUACGAAAUCGGGAAUAGCAGAAAAGUCGGGUUUGCUAUGAGGCCUGAUAAUUUGGAAUUGGUGGAUGAAGAUGGAUGUCCCGUGAGACCACCUCGGCACGUAAAGAAAAAGAUUCCUGAUAAGAGAGACCAAAGACUGUUAUCUGUACCAAAUAUCAAAUUUCAGAAACCAGAGGUUCAGUCUCUCAAAGAUCUAAGAGACAGGGAGGAGAGUGUUGUCAGCCCGCAGCCGUCGUUUACCGGAAGUCUGAUGAGACGUUUCAGCCGCGUAGACAAGCUGGAUAGUUCGUUUUCAAGAUCAAGAUCAAGUUCAAUGAGCUCUCUAGAAAACAUCACUUCUGAAGCAAUACAAUGUCUGAUUUUUGCUGACUCUUUCGCGAAAAAAACAGAACCCACAUUGCUUAUACCAACUUUAUGGGUCGGCACAAGUCUAGGAUCAGUGCUUACCAUCUUGAUAACUCCACCAGAUCCGGAUAGUAGAUCGUCGCAACCUGUCGUCGUAUCACUCGUUGGUGUUACGAUUUUUCGGCUGAAAGGCGCAAUAUUGUCCAUGUCGUUUCUCGACUGUAAUGGUUCUCUCAUACCAAAUGCCUACGAGUCUUGGAGGGACGACAACAGGGACAAACGAGAGAAAACCCCAACCAAAUGCCAGAAUCGUAUGAGCCCGACAUUGAGUGAUGUGCAAAACAGAGGCGACUCGUUCAGUGACAGACAGUACGUUGUGAUAGUGAGCGAAAAGCAAGCACGAGUCGUAGCUUUGCCGUCACAGACAUGUAUAUAUCGCCAGCAAUUGACUGAUGCCGAUUUUGUCGUAAAAGCUGAAGUAAUUUCGUUAAGAGAUAGUGUUUGCUUGUUGGGUUACAUUUCUAACGGCCACCUCGUAGCUUACAGUCUGCCAAGUUUGCGACCUUUGAUUGAUAUAGAUUUUCUGCCUUUAUCCGAACUUAGUUUCCAGACACAAUCUAACAAAGGCAUUGUAGACCCAAUGUUAUCCAUUUGGGGACAACAACUCAUUGUUAACGAGGAUACUGACCAAAUCACUCGAACAUUCUGCUUCAGUAACAGAGGACAUGGUUUGUACUUAGCAUCACCGUCUGAAAUACAAAAAUUCACACUUUGUACAGAAUUUUGCUCAAACUUAUCUGAAAUGAUGGGUGAGCUAUUUUUGCCACUAGAUAUGCCCGAGCCCCCGAAAGAAGGUUUCUUCAAGGGUCUUUUCGGAGGUGGAAUUCGAAGUUUAGACCGAGAAGAAUUAUUUGGAGAAUCAAGCGGUAAGGCGAACAAAUCUAUCGCCAAGCACAUCCCAGGCAGUAUCCAAGAAAUGGGUGCCCGUGUGUCGUGUGCGAGCGGCGAAGUCAACAGAGCACAUAAACUGAUGGUUGAAAGAGGGGAAAAACUGGGCCAGCUUGAGGACAAAGCCGAAAAAAUGCGAGCCGAAGCGGAAAACUACCAAGCGACAGCCCAUGAUCUCAUGCUCAAGUACAAAGACAAGAAAUGGUACCAAUUGUGAAGUGUUUACAUGUUUAUUGUACAGUUUUCCGUUCUAGACUAGUCCUAUAGUCAAUAGAUGAGGCAGAAGGUGACAAUUAAUCAAACACAGGAUUGUAAAGGCGUGAAUUAUGAAAUUUGGGUCAUUGAUUGAUUGUCACUAUCUGUCGCAAGACGUGCUAUAAAUUCUUAAACUUAACGCGAAUUGUGAUAUUCUAUUCUGCCUGAGGAUAGAUUUAACUUGUAUUAUCAUUUAAUACUGUUUAAAAAGAGCACAUGGUUUUCGCACCCAGGAUAUAAUUCAUAAAAUUGUAUGUAACUUGGAAAUGUGUUAUUGUAGAUUUUUAAUGAAAGUGUAGCAAAUUUGUACCUUUGCUACUUUAUUAUAUUUUAAGAACAUUUUAAAAGGCUUAGGCACAGAAAUGCAUCAGUUUUGCAGGAAUUGUUCAGUAUAUUGUUUCAAAGAAACUCUGGUUCUAACAUUGUUGUUUCUUUUAGCAAACACUAGUGCCAUAAUCUAUUACAAGAGUACUUUUGAGAACAACUGUGGUAUAAUGUGGAAAUAAUUAAUUGGUGUUUAAUUGUUUUUUACAUUUGAAUUUUAUCAUUUAAAUAUCAUUCAAUAUGGCUGCCACAUUGGAUAACACCGUAUUAUUAUUGAUUUAAGGAUCGAAAAAAUGCAGAUUCUUACAACAAAUCACAUAUCUAUGACCGUAGAAGCAGACAAAAAUAUUUUUGGAAACUUAUUUAGGUGUUAGGAUUAAGCGUUACAAAUUUUUAUUUUUUUUUUGUGGCAGCUUUAAUGAUUGUGGCCUGCCUAAAGCUGCUGCAUUUCUUGGUAGUUAAGCCUCGUUUAAAUAAAUCUAAGUCAUAUAUAUUCAGACCUUGUAGAAUAGACUUUGAACAGACUAUAUGAUUACCUGCUUUAGUUUAUUCUUUUCUACGUUUAUAUUAUUUUUUAUUUGAUAAUUUUACUAGUCAGUUAUCUCGCUGCAAUUUAUUGAAACACUUGUAUAUAGUAACAUCCUAGAUUUAGACGCAAGUAGUCAAUGUAAAUAUGUAUACCUACCGAAAUUGUUUCUUUUACCUGUUAAAAAAAUGUUAGGUAUUUGGAAGACAAUAAGCUGUACGUUUCCUUGUCUUUUUCAUUGAUCCUUAGUUUCUUUAAAUCGUUUCAAUUGGUGUCAACACUUGUCGUUUGGUAAAUUUUUAUUAUUUUCUAUUAGGCUGAACGACAAGUGUUGAUACUAAUUUGACUAUGUGCUUCUUACCUUUUGUAAAUUAUUUCAUGUCUUCCCACUUCUCCAUUUAAUAAUGAUAAUGCCAAAUGUACCUAUAAUCUCACAAAAUCAAAUAAGAGAUGUGACAUAUAUGUUUGUAGAUGGUAGAAUGGUCGUUGCCAUAGAACAUUCGGUUAGUGAAAAAAACUUGUACUAACUUCUGUAUUUUGUACAGAUUGCGCUGGGUCCCGAUUGGGCAUCCAGAGUUUCGGGAAAACUUUUAUAUCACUGAAAAUUAUUUUCACAAGUCCAGGCCCAUCUCAAUCUGCUAUGUAGCUAGUAUCGUUUUUAUUUAAGCAAAAAACACGCUAGAUUAGGCGAACUUGUUUCCAUUUCUAUAUAUUUUAUUUGAUGUUAUCGGUUAUUCAUAUUCUAUUUGGAACGGGAACAAUUGUUAUUUCACGCCACCUUGUCGGCACAAUGAUGGAGCGUAUCGGAAGAAAUGAUUCUUCAAUUUCAAUCUCUUCAUUUCCAUUCCAUUAGAUUUAUUCUAAAUUGUUAUAACGCUAUUAGUGACACAAGAAAUUAUAUUAUUGUUCUAUAAAUAAAGGAAGGUUUGUUUUUAAAA